AUGUAUCCCUCCGUACUUUCCCUCUACAAGUCUAAGCCGAGCAGUUCUGCAGAUCACCAACCUCCUCAAGAUUGCCCCACUAACAGUGUGGAGUUCCUGCGUGGAAUGCGUGAUCUGCAAGCAACGGGCACCUUCUGCGAUGUUGUCCUGAAAGGCAGUGACGCGUCUUCGCAGGGGAUUCCUUGUCAUCGCAGCGUGCUUUGCGUGCAGAGUCCCUAUUUUCGCGCUGCCUUCACGCACAACUGGAAAGAAUCCUCUGCACCAGUUUUCCGGCUGGCAAACAUCGACAACAGCACCUUGAAGGAACUGGUGACGUAUGCCUACACGAUGCAUCUGCGCUUGAGCGAUGACACCGUCGUGCCCGUCUUGAUAGCGGCGCAGUUCCUGCAGAUGACUCCGGUGGCCAGAAUGUGCUGGAAGUACGUGAAGCAGCGCCUGUGUCUGUCCAGCUGUCUGGACGUCCACGAUCUGGCUUCGCAGCAUAACAACCCUCGUCUGGCCAGCGCAGCUCUGCAGUUGAUCCAUCUGCACUUUCUCAGCUUGGCCCAAAGCCUGGAAUUUUUGCGGAUGGACGCCCAACAGGUACUCAGUUUACUUCUUUGA